AUGCGCUGUGUGCUGAUUUUGUGCCUGAUUGCCACCGCUGGUGCUCGAUGCAACCCUGGCGGUCAAUGCGACAGCGGCAGCGCCUUCAUUCAGCGCCGGUCCGUGAACAAGCGCAUGGAGCCGGUGGAGGAGAAGGUGGUUUCGUGGACGGCCGGAGCAUUUGACAAGUGCACGCGCUCAUGCAACGGGCAGGCGGCAUUUGAAUCGCGGAAGUUGUCGUGCCAAUCAAUGGAUGGAGAGGAACAGCCGCAUGACGUUUGCCAGCAUUUGCCCAAGCCAGCACUUCACCGACCUUGCUCUUGCACGCUGAGUCUCUGUGGGGCCAAGUGUGAAGACGUGGAGGUGGCGAAUUUGAAUGUCGACCCUGAUGGCCAGUUUGAAUGCCUUGGCUGCUACCCUUUGAGCGAUGCUGAAAAGUCCUUGGAUGACGUUAUGGAUGAUACUUGCAUCCACCACAACACCGAUGAACCGUGCAACGGAGGCUUGCCCUUCUUCCGCAUGAAGAGCAACUCCGUGACCGUGGGCACCUGCUACGCCUUCUGCCUGGGCAACGGCCUGGACCUCUUCGGCCUCACGGCCGGCGGCGAGUGCCGCUGCGGGGCCUCCCGGCUCAACAAGGCCGUCUGGCGGGAUGCGAAGCCCCGCCCGGGCCUCGAGCUCCCGAAGCCCCGCGGCAGCUGCACCAUGGAGGAGCAGUGCCCCUUGCGCGUGUACCGCUGGUUGGGCCCUUUUGCCUCCGGGGGCGUGCCAGAGCAUCUGCAAGCCGAGAACGAGGAGCAGAAUAUCUACAUCCAGUCCGUUGCAAGGGGCAAGCAAGUCCUGCAAGAGGAGGACACGGACCACUCGGUGCUCGAGAAUGAAGACGGCCAAUUGGAAGGCGCCCUCGCGGAGCCGGAGGCGUUGCUGCAGAACGAGGCGCCCUGGGAUCGGCUCUGCAACGACAAUCCAGGCUGCAAUGCGGGGAAGCCCUGGACGGAUCGCGUCUCCGCGGCGCCCGAGGGCGUGGUGGACCGAUGGGAAGACUACGUGGUCAUCCCGUACUACUUCAUGUUUGAAGGCGAUAGCACGCGCCGCGAAGCCUUCCGGGCGGCCGCGAAGAUGUGGAUGGACCAGACCUGCAUCGUCUUCAAGGAGUAUCCGGACGACACCACGUUGACACCCAUCCUUAAGGCGAAGAGCGCCAGCAGCGGGUGCUCCGCCACCCUGGGAAAGACCAACAGCGGGUCUACGGUGAAAAUGGGCUGGUGCAACUCCAUCACGAAGAAGGGGAACAUCGCGCAUGAGAUCGGCCACGCCAUGGGCGCGCACCACACGAUGAAGCGGGCGGACGCGGGGGAGGCCUACGAAGGCCACGGCCCGCAUCUCAAAGUGUACUGGGAGAACGUGGCGUCCAGCUGGGUGAACCAGUACACCGCGGCGGAGAAGGCCUACGUCGGCUCCGCCAAGGACUUGGAGGGCGACGCGCAGGCCGGGCUGCUGGGCCCACUGGCCGCAAAUGCCACGGUGAGGUGA